GAAUUGGCCUGGCCGUGAAUCAACCAACCCCUCAUUUGGAAGAGAAUCACUUCAACGGACCCAAGUAGAUUCAGCAUAUAGAUGGUUUAUGCUUCUUCGCCAAGAACCCGGAAUGAUUUUAAUAUUUGGCGGGUGUCUACUGCAUCUUUUUAAGUUGGCUUAAGCUACCCGAGGGUUCGCUAUUCGAGAUCAAUUUUAAGCUACGUGAAGGUUCCUCUUGGUUUUCUGCUGUUAGUUUACACACGGACCAUUUGAUGGCCCCUGCUUCAUUCCUUAUUUUAGAGUUAACAAUUCUCCGCUGGACGAAAAGAUAUCUUAUCUAAGGAGUGUCAUCUCAAUUUCAUAUUGAAUUUUACCCCCUUCUUGGAUCUUCCUUGAAAAGAUAAUGUUUAUGUGAUGCAUCUUGCCACUCACAUGGCAGCACAAAUGGAGCAGUGCACUCCUAGGCCGAUAUAGCUCAAUUGCACUGCAUAUAAACUGAAAUUCAGUGUUUGUUUAUGCUAACCAUAUGAGUUCUUAUUGUCCUGUGUUCCACAAGUGGGAUCUAUCAAAUAGUGUCUGGUAAGAAACAGCGGCUGAAUCUUGAUUACCCCAUUUUAUUUAAAGAAAAAAGUACUCUUUUUGACAAUUCUAGGUUUACGGUUGGGUGUUAGGAUAAAAGAAAAGAAAAGGAGCUAUCGCAUCACAUUCGUUGACCAAAGAGGAAGCUUUUCAAGACGAUCAGGAAAGGAAAAUACUUCUGCUUCUGAGGAAAUUUUAAGAUUCUAAGUUGCAAGUUAGGCUUUGAGAGCGGAAUAUGACCCAAAAAGUGAUUUAUUGGAACAAGAGUUCAUGCUGAAAGGAAGAUGGUAUCUACGGAAGGAUGUAGAGAUAAAAAAUAGUCGGGGUGAUAUUCUUCAAUGCAGUCAUUACAUGCCCAUUGUCAGUCCUGAAGAAAAGCCUCUUCCAUGCGUAAUAUAUUGCCAUGGGAACAGUGGAUGCAGGGCGGAUGGCAGUGAAGCUGCAAUAAUUCUUCUUCCUUCAAAUAUUACAGUUUUUACUUUGGAUUUCUCUGGAUCUGGACUUUCUGGAGGGGAGCAUGUUACUCUGGGCUGGAAUGAAAAAGAUGAUCUGAGGGCUGUGGUUGAAUAUCUGAGGGCAGAUGGAAGUGUCUCUUUGAUUGGCUUAUGGGGCCGCUCCAUGGGUGCUGUCACUAGCCUUAUGUAUGGAGCAGAGGAUCCUUCAAUUGCCGGGAUGGUCUUAGACAGUCCCUUCUCUGAUUUGGUUGAUUUGAUGAUGGAACUGGUUGACACAUACAAAGUCCGUCUGCCAAAGUUCACUGUGAAAUUUGCAAUCCAAUACAUGCGAAGAGCAAUCCAGAAGAAGGCAAAAUUUGACAUAGUGGACUUGAACACCAUUAAGGUGGCAAAGUGUUGUUUUGUUCCUGCUCUACUGGGGCAUGCCAUUGAUGAUGAUUUUAUACGUCCUCAUCAUUCAGAUCGUAUAUAUGAGGCUUACAUGGGAGACAAAAACAUAAUUAAAUUUGAGGGAGAUCACAACUCUCCACGUCCUCAGUUUUACUUUGACUCCAUAAACAUCUUUUUUCACAACGUUUUGCAACCUCCAGAGGAUGUAAUUGGGGGAUCAAUUUUUGACCCUGUGAAUGAUUACUUCGGUAAGGGUGGUUGGAGAUCUCUGAAUGAAGUGGUAUAUGAUGAGUCCUCAUCAUCAGAACACAAAGAGCCGUCAGCAAGCAGUACAGCUGAUGCCAUUAGGCAAGUCCGUUCAAAAAGACCAAUGAGCAGGAUGGAGGUUCCAUCUGGUAUUUCUUCAAAAGAUGAACACUGUGAACGUGAGGGUGAGAAAUCCAAUGAUGAACUUUCCUCAUCGUCUUCCAAUAUGAUUAGCUUUGAACUGUCGAAUGGCAAUCCCUGUGGACCCCAUGUUCCAACCGCAUGGGAAGAUGAUCAAUACGUGGAAUAUGCGCUUGAUGACCUGACAGGUUUUCCAUCUUGUCCAGAGGAGGAAGAAAGAAUGUUCAUGGAAGCCGUGAUUGAGUCACUCAAAGACAUGGAAAUAAGAAAUCCCCAGGCAGAGCAAUCACCACCUGGCGUUGGAACUGUGCCUGCAGAGCCGUCACAAAAAGAUGAUCAACAGGCUUCUUCACAAGAGCUUUCUAGGCCCAUAGAGAAAGCAGAACCAAUUUCGAAUGUGGCCGGUGAAGUGUCUGGAGCUUUGGAGGCCAAGUCUCAAAACCUUGCGUCUGAACCAAGUUUGUUACCUGGGGGAGCACCGAUUGAUACCUCACCAGCCAAAAACUCAUCCCUGAAGACGAGUGUUUCUUCUGCUAGUAGUGAUAGUCUUGCUAGUGUGCCAAGUUCAUCUGACGCUGACGUAUCACAGAACACCAAAGCCACGUUAACAGUUGAAAAGAAUAAUCAAGCAGGUCAUGUUAAAGAUGGCUUGAUGCGUCGUUGGGAUUUCAAUUUUUUCAGGAACAGUAAUAGUAAAUGAGCUGAGAUGCUCUCUCAAUGGUUGAUUUUUCAUCGUUACUGUAACUAGAAGACUUUAAGAAAUAGGUUGCUUGUGUGCAGAGUUAAUUGCCGAUUCUUUUUCAUCUAACAACGUAUAUGAAUCUCAUUAUUCUCCUUUUUUCU